AUGUAUCUUCCUCAACAGCAUUAUGAUAGACAGUUCGUACUCUAUCAUUGUGACGUUUGCAAACCAUAUCCCUUCCCGCCAUGUCGCAGAAAUGGCAAAAACAAUUGCCACAAGAAGGUAAAUGCACCGGCAUGUGUUCCUGAAUGCGGCAAGAACCAAUAUGUUUACGGGAAUUUGUGUGAGCACCACAAAUUCAAAGCAAGGUUAGCUUUAUACGUUGUUGCUGCAGGACAAAAGGCAUACUAUGUAACGCAAAGUGUAACAUCGCAUAGCGUAAAAGAUAUCCAGAUGGAAAUUAUGAAAUACGGACCCGUCGUUGCUGGUUUCAAUCACUGUAACGCUAGCAGGGAAACAAAAUUUUUAUUAGACUUCUCCGACGUAGCUUUCCUAUCUGUAGUUGAAGAUGAAAUUUUCGGAACUUUGCGUCUGUACAACAAGAACUAUGAUAAAAAGAAAAUGCAACACUGUAACGCUAGCAGGGAAACAAAAUUUUUAUUAGACUUCUCUGACGUAGCUUUCCUAUCUGUAGUUGAAGAUGAAAUUUUCGGAACUUUGCGUUUUCUGUACAACAAGGACUAUGGUAAAAAGAAAAUGCAAGUUGCAUGA